CAUCAUUAUGACGAUGACCAGCAUCAUUGUGGCGAAACACACAGAACGAAGUAUAUUUCUGAUGUUGGUUGUCGUUUGCAAACAAACGAUCGCGCGAAUUGGUCGAUCGUGGUAGUAGUGCUAGUACCUACUGUCAAGUGCGCCGACUAUAACCGGUCAGCAUCAAACCAUCAAACCAUUGCUGUCGUUCUGCUGGCAUUGCGUGAUUCGAGUUGGUCGUGUGUGGAAUUGUUACGCGUUUAAGAUAAAGUUCCAACCCGACAUUCGCGCGUUCCCGAUUUCAUUCCGUCCCAUUUGAGGAAACUCACCGGUGUCACAAAAUAACCAACCAUCGCCGAGUGAUGAAGUCCCCAGUGCUGAUCGCCUCUGCGGCAACCGUCUUGUUGCUACUGCUGCUACAACAGCCCAAUGGAGUUGAUUCGGCAAAAAUCCUGUGCUUAUUCCCUACGGGUAGCAAAUCGCACGUCCUCGGUACCCAGGCUCUGCUCAAAAAUCUAGCUCAACGCGGCCAUGAGGUCACCAUGGUCAGUGCCUUCCCGUUGUCGAAGCCGGUGAAGAACUACCGCGAUGUGUACGUACCGAUGGAGGACGCCUUCGGGCCAAUCAUGGCCGGUUUCAUGAAAGGUGGCAGUCGGAACUUGUUCAAAAUGAUGCCCUUAGUGGUGAAGGCUUCGCUGGACAACAGCAACCUCACGAUCAACUCGCCGCAGUUCCAGCAGCUGGUGCAGGAGGAGAAGUUCGACCUGGCCAUAGUGGGAUUUUUCAUGAACGACUUCAUCGUGGGUGUUCGAUCGUGGUUGAACUGUCCCACUAUCAUGUACUGCUCGGCUGGGUUCACCAGUAUGACGAACGUGGUGGGCAAUCCGCUGGAGAUCUCUGCAGUUCCACAUAUACUGCUGGGCAAUAAGAACCCCAUGGGCUUUGUGGACCGCGUGAAAAACACUAUCAUCUACACGGUGGACUUCUUGAUGGGGAAGAUCCUCGCACAUUACACGCAACCUUACUAUGAAUCCAAUUUUCCGGCCGAGAAGGGAUAUCCCUCGUUCGAACAAGCAAAACUGGACAUCUCGCUGGUCAUGCUCAAUUCCUACUUCACGCAAACCGUCCCCAGGCCGUAUCUUCCCAACAUGGUUGAAGUCGGUGGUCUGCAGAUCAAACCGAAGCCCGACCCACUGCCGGAGGACAUCCAAGCAUGGUUGGACGGUGCCAAGGACGGGGCCAUCUUCCUGAGCUUCGGAUCGAAUCUCAAGAGUUCCAACCUACGCCAGGAUAAGUUCGACGCCAUCGUCGGAAGCAUCUCCAAGUUGAAGCAACGCAUCAUCUGGAAGUGGGACACGGACCAGAUGCCGGGUAAACCGGCGAAUGUCAUGAUCGGCAAGUGGCUGCCCCAGGAUGACAUUUUGGCGCACAAGAACCUGAAGCUGUUCGUGACGCACGGAGGACUGGGUAGCAUUACCGAGUCCAUGUACCAUGGAGUGCCGAUCGUUGGGAUUCCCAUGUUUGGCGACCAGGACACCAAUGUGGCGCAGGUCGUCAAGGAAGGUUGGGGUGCUUCCGUGUCGUUCGAUGAUCUGACCGAGGAGAAACUUAUGGCGGCUAUCAAGGAGGUCCUGGGAACGCCGAAGUACGCCCAGCAGAUUGAGAGUAUGGCUGAGCGGUACAAAGAUCGACCGCAGUCGUCGAUGGAUUUGGCGACCUUCUGGGUGGAAUACGUGAUACGGCACAAGGGAGCUCCGCAUUUGCACUACCAGGGAGCGGAUUUGAACGUUUUGCAGCGAAAUUUGGUGGAUGUGUUCGCUUUUCUGGGAGCGGUUGUGUACGUGACUGUGAAGCUGGUAUGCUUUGUGUUGUGUCGGGUGAAACGGAUGUUGUGCGGAAGUAAAAAGACGACAAAGAAGCAGAAGAAGCAGUAGUUGUUGCGUUGUUUUAGAUUAUGGAGGAAGGACAUUUCAUGGUGAGUGGAUCAGGGAAAUAGUUUUUAAGACAUACUCAAUUUUCAUUGCAUUUCUAAAUAUAAGACAACCAAGUAUAACGUUUAGGCUUAUAUUUUUUCAGAGAAAGAAAACCUUUUUGACCCGUUCAUCAUUUCAGUGCCGGUGACAGGGUUCGGAGGGCCUAAGUUAUUUUACACAGGGGGGUAGAGCAAAAUGAAUUCUCGAUCAGACUAUAGCUAAGGCAAAUCCCAAGUAACAUUUUGAUGCAUUAGCCUUGUAGUGGAUUUGAGAACCGUCUUAACCCAUGUAUGCCCAGUGAUCUAUUUUUAGAUCAGUAACUUAAACAAUUACCGUGGAGAAAUGAGGCAUAUUGGAAGAAUAGUGUCUUCUGCAAAGUUGUUGAGGAAGGGCUCUACGAUAGUACGUAAUGUAGUACAUAGUUGAUCCAGUAGGCGUCGCUAGUGGUCAUAAAAAUUUUUGCUUUGCUAGGCUUUGUGUUAACAGCUAUUGCCAGUAUCGUCGCGCUCGUGUUGUGAAUAUCAAGCGUGGUUUUGCUAUGAAUAGUAUAUCCAGCGUAUGUUGAAAACAUUUCUUGUUAUGUGCGUGUCUACACAGAAAAAAAUAUUCAUGUUAAAUUAAACGAAAAAUCAUCCACAUAAAGGGAAUGCUAGAGUUAGUGCAUAUUUACUUGAGAUAUCAUGUAAAAUUACGUU